AUGUCGGGUGGGGGCCGCGGCCGCUGCCCGGACUGCGGCUGCGCGGAGCUCGUGGAGGACUCGCACUACACUCAGAGCCAGCUGGUGUGCGCCGAGUGCGGCUGCGUGGUGUCCGAGGGGCUGCUCACCACCACCUUUGCGGACGAGGGCAACCUCCGAGAAGUGACGUAUUCCAGGAGUACAGGGGAGAAUGAACAGGUCAGCCGUAGCCAGCAAAGAGGGCUUCGACGAGUUCGAGAUCUGUGCCGAGUUCUGCAGCUACCAUCAACCUUUGAGGACACCGCAGUGUCCUACUACCAACGAGCAUACCAACACCCUGGCCUCCAUGCUGCUCGACUCCAAAAGAAAGAAGUGUUGGUGGGCUGCUGUGUGCUGGUCACCUGUCGACAACAUAAUUGGCCCCUGACCAUGGGCACUAUUUGCACCCUGUUGUAUGCCAACUUAGAACUGUUCUCUGGCACAUACCUACAAAUAGUAAAGGUCCUAGGACUAGAUGUUCCUGCCUUGAGCUUGGCAGACCUGGUGAAGACUUACUGUAGCAGCUUCAAACUGUUCCAGCCCUCCCGCUCUGUGUCAGUCAGUUUUGUGGAAGACAAAGAGAAGAUGGUAUCCCGGACAUUACAGCUGGUAGAGCUGGCAAGCGAGUCGUGGCUGGUGACAGGAAGGCACCCUGUGCCGGUGAUAACUGCUGCUGCUUACCUGGCCUGGAGAUCGCUGCAGCCUGGGGGCCGCUUGACCUGCUCCCUUUCCCGAUUCUGCAAGUUGGCAGGUGUUGACCUGCCCCAUCCAGCAUACCUGCGAGUUCAGGAACUGCUGGCCAUCCUUUUGCGGAUGGCUGGGCAGCUGGCCUGGCUGCGGAUACUGAACUUGGAUAAGCAAACAGUAGUGAAGCACAUUGGGGACUUGCUCCAGCACCGGUGCAUUCUCCUGCGCCAGGCUUUUCGGGAUGAAGCUGAAGAGGAGGAAGGAGAAGAGCAGCGACAAGAGGAAGGGGAGGAGGCGGGGAGCAGUACCUUAGAGACCCUUGAGAAGAAAAGGCCAGCUAGCUCCCCACCACCUCUGCUCCCUCCCUGCAUGCUGAGGCCUCCAAAGCGGCUCUGUCCCACUCCUGCUGAUUCCAGUAUUACUGGGGAUGAGGAUAUAUCUGACAGUGAGAUAGAGCAGUAUUUGCGCACACCUCGAGAGAUCAAAGCCUUCCAGAGAGCCCAGGCUUCAAGUCAAGCUGUCCCAGGUGCCCCUGCCCCUUCCUGACCAGCUUCUUAUCUUGAGGACUUUGAAUGUGCCUGGGGUCUGGUGGACCUCACACUGUUCCCCUCUAGGGUGGCGUAGUAGGAAGAGUGCUGGAUGUGGAAGACUUUGGUUUGAGUUCUGCUCCUGCCUGCAGCAUAACCUUGGGCAAGUCACGUCAAAUUGGGUGUUGGAAUAAAGGAACUCGAGGCCCUA